GUCGCCCGUCCCGCGCCAAGCCGCCGCACUCAUGGACGCGCACGACUUUUUCGCGCUGAGCGGCGGCGACGACGACCACGACAACAACUGCUCGCGCGCCGGCACGCCGCCGCCGCCCGAGCCGCAGAAGAAGCGGCGGCGGCGCGGGCGCGCGCGCGGCGAGGCCGCCGUGCGCGUGGUCCGCAAGAGCCGCCGGCUGAAGGCCAACGACCGCGAGCGCAACCGGAUGCACAACCUCAACGGCGCCCUGGACCGCUUGCGCCGCGUGCUUCCGGCGCUUCCGGACGAGUCCAAGCUGACCAAGAUCGAGACGCUGCGCCUGGCGCACAACUACAUCUGGGCCUUGGCCGAGACCCUGCGCAUGGCCGACCGCGGUGGCGGCCCCCGCGGCGGGUCCCCCCGCGACGGCCUCCCCGGCGACGGGCCCGGGUGCGGCUCCGGAUGGUUCUCGUGCGGCACGAGCCCGCCGUCCUCCUCCUCCUCCUCCUCCUCGUCGCCCGCCUCCAGCCCGGGCAGCCCGCUCGAGCGCGCCUUCGGCCGCCCGCAGGGGGUCUUCUGACCGCUGGAGCGACGCCUCUGCCUGCACGAC